ACACACACUCACACUCACACACAAACACACUGACACACUUCCUCAAGCAAGCUCUCAGUCCGUGUGCUCUGCUCUCAACACACACACUCUAACACACACACUUACACUGCUAAACCCAAGAAAAAGGAGUUUUCGGAGUCUCUGAAAAGCAGGUGAGAGUUCACCAUGGCUCCGUUCCUGCGGAUCGCCUUUAAUGACUUUAAUUUGGGGAACCUCCCUCCUCUGACUGAUCAGCCCUUCUGUGCCAUCAAGAUGAAGGAGUCUCUCAGCACAGAGCGAGGAAAGACCCUGGUCCAGAGGAAGCCCACCAUGUACCCGGCCUGGAAGUCCAGCUUUGAUGCUCAUAUCUACGAGGGCCGUGUGAUCCAGGUUCUCCUGAUGAAAACCGCUGAGGAGACUCUCUCGGAAGCAACGGUGGGCGUGUCCGUCAUCGCCGAGCGCUGCAAAAAGGGAAACGGCCGUGCAGAAUUCUGGGUAGACCUGCAGCCCUCUGGGAAGGUGAUGAUGUCGGUGCAGUUUUUUGUGGAGGAUACAGACACAGAAAGCAGACCUUCAGUGCGGGAGAAGGAGGAGGAUGGAAUCUUAACUCUAAACAGGAGGAGAGGAGCCAUCAAACAGGCCAAAGUUCACUUCAUCAAGAACCAUGAGUUCACCGCCACCUUCUUCAAACAGCCCACCUUCUGCUCCGUCUGCAGAGAGUUCGUCUGGGGUCUUAACAAACAGGGCUACAAAUGCAGACAAUGCAAUGCGGCCAUUCACAAAAAGUGCAUUGAUAAGAUCAUUGGAAGAUGCACAGGAACUGCAGCCAACAGCCGAGAUACUGUGUUCCAGAAAGAACGCUUCAAGAUCGACAUGCCGCAUCGCUUCAAGACGCACAACUACAUGAGCCCCACCUUCUGCGACCACUGCGGGAGCCUGCUGUGGGGAAUGGUCAAGCAAGGCCUGAAAUGUGAAGAUUGUGCUAUGAACGUCCAUCACAAAUGCCAGACUAAAGUAGCCAACCUCUGCGGAAUAAACCAGAAGCUUCUAGCUGAGGCUCUGACUCAAGUUAGCCUGAAAUCAUCUACCAAGAGGCCUGAUCCCACUCUGUCAGACAUUGGCAUCUAUCAGGAUAUAGCCAAAAACACUCCAGCAGACCCUAGUGCAGAUAGCAAUCAGUAUGGGAAGCUAUGGGAUGGCAGUACCCCAACGCCCCCUGCUGCACCCUCCGCCUCAAUCACACAUCAAACGCGCAUCAACUUCGAGAACUUUGUGUUCCAUAAGGUUCUGGGCAAAGGCAGCUUUGGCAAGGUGCUGCUGGCUGAGCUGAAAGGGCGUGGCGAGUACUUUGCAGUGAAGGCUCUGAAGAAGGACGUGGUGCUGAUGGACGAUGACGUGGAGUGCACCGUGGUGGAGAAGAGGGUUCUGUCAUUAGCCUGGGAAAAUCCUUUCCUCACACACCUUUACUGCACCUUCCAGAGCAAGGAGCACUUGUUUUUCGUGAUGGAGUAUCUGAAUGGAGGAGAUCUGAUGUUUCACAUUCAGGAUAAGGGGCGUUUUGAUCUUUUUAGAGCCACGUUCUAUUCAGCGGAAAUUAUCUGCGGCCUGCAGUUCCUCCAUUCCAAAGGCGUUAUUUACAGAGACUUGAAGCUGGACAAUGUGAUGCUGGAUAAAGACGGCCACAUUAAGAUAGCAGACUUUGGGAUGUGUAAGGAGAACAUGAUUGGAGAGAACCGAGCCACGACUUUCUGUGGAACUCCUGAUUACAUUGCGCCAGAGAUCCUACUCGGCCAGAAAUACACAUUCUCGGUGGACUGGUGGUCGUUUGGAGUUCUGGUUUAUGAGAUGUUGAUCGGUCAGUCGCCGUUCCAAGGCGAUGAUGAGGAUGAGCUGUUUGAGUCGAUCAGAAUGGACGUCCCGCACUAUCCCCGCUGGAUCACCAAGGAGUCCAAAGACCUGCUGGAGAAGUUAUUUGAGCGAGAUCCGACCCGUCGGCUUGGCGUCGUGGGGAACAUCCGAGGACACUCCUUCUUCAAGACCAUCAACUGGCCGGCUCUCGAGAAGAGAGAGGUGCCUCCCCCCUUCAAGCCAAAAGUGAAAUCCCCCAACGACUGCAGCAACUUCGACCGCGAGUUCCUCAGCGAGAAGCCCCGCCUCUCACACGCCGACAAGAACCUGAUCGACUCAAUGGACCAGACGGCCUUCUCCGGCUUCUCCUUCAUCAACCCCUCCAUGGAUACCAUGCUCGAGAAGUGAAGCGGACCCCCUCCAGCACUGUGACCAAGCCUCCACCCCCCCAAAGCCCCUGAACCCCCUCCGCACCAUUCCAACCAGCCAGGCAGUGUGGGGGAAACCAGUAUCCAGGCAAUACUCCAGCAUUGUUUAACCGCUAACCUCUUAAUCUCUAUCUGUAGGAACCAAAAAAAAAUGUCGCUGUCACGCAAAGAAACCUUGCAUCUCCAAUACAAUAGCUGACACAUUUUCAAAGGAAGUCAAUGUAAAAAGUAACAUUUUAUCGUGAAAUAUUGCUACAAUUUAAAGAACAACUGCCAAAUUACAUUCAAAUCAUGCCAAAUAAAAAACUGUGAAAACUAAGUAACAUUUACAGUAUUUACUAUAUAUAUAUAUAUAUAUAUAUAUAUAUAUAUAUAUAUAUACACGUAUAUAAUUAAAAUUCAUAUGUAAUAAAAUAAUGUACUGUAUCUACAAAAGUGACUGGAAGAACAACAGGCUGACUGUACACUAGUACUAGUUGAAUUUAAAUAUAACACAGUUUAGAUCUGAAAAGGAACUGAGAAUUAAUCAUUUUAUAUAGAUUUCUUUUUUUUUUACAAUCAUGUACUCUCAAUAUGAUUUUUGUCUGUAUAAAUCAAUUUUCACCCAUGUUAAAAACUGACUGAAGCUUUCAAACAGUUUUGAGGUGGAGAGUUAUAUCUUAACGUGUUCUGAUUUUUUAAUACUCUAUAUACAAUGUAUAUAUAAUAAAAGUAAUAAAAGCAUUUAUUUACAUACACGUAAACUGUAGUUCAUUUGAACAUAAUGCAGAUUAUGUCUGAAGUUAACCUGAUCAUUUAAUUUAGCCAACAAAAAAUAUAGUAGUGUAUAUUUUUAUAUUGAAUAAUUAUCAAGACUAUCUAAAGCAUUUAAACAGUUCUGUGGUCUGGAUUUUUUUUUUUUAUUAUUAUUAUUAUUACUGCUUCAAAAAACAAAAGUGAAAAGCAGAAAACCGAGAUUUACACUGGUAAUGGUAGUAAUAUGUAAACAAACUAGUUUAUUUAAAAAAUGAUAAUUUUAAAUCAGUUUAUUAUAUUUUAUAGUCAACAAACAUUAGUAUGAAAAAUGUAUAUUAAAUUUGGCAUUCCACAAAUCAGUGUUAAAGAGUAAUGGAAGCUUUAAAACUGCAAAAAUGGGAAAAUUUGCAAAACGAAAUGGAGAUACAAGGUUUUGUUCCAAAAGUGACAAAACACAAACAAUAGAGAUUACGCUGAGAUUAGGAAAAAUGCUGGAAUAUUCUUUUAAAUACACGCCCUUCUACAGGGUCAACCCCACAGGUACUCCGCUGUGGUGCCCCCCCACCCCCCACCCCCCGUAGGCCUGGAUCUGAGUACCACUGCUCUGCUAGCUGAGCCGGUCCGAUGGGGCGGGGCUGUAACGUCUACAGAUGUUUCGGCUCCGAAAAACACUACGACACCCUAAUGGCACUGAUCUGGGCUCCUCUGGGCUACAGUUUAAGCCCAAUACUGAAAGCAACUGGUAGUGAGUGUGUGUGCUGGGUCCUAACAAAUGCCUGCAGACAGUGCGCCCCCUAAUGACCAGACUGAGUACUAACCGUAGAUAAAAGAUCUAUAAAUGUAUUUUUCUUUUUCAUCAUGAUCAAAACUUGCAAUCAAUGAACUUUAUACGAUGUACUGUAUUUGUUGUAUUAUAGGACAGACAUGCUGAUGCACAUGUUAUUCUUACUGUGGAAAUUGACUUGUUGAGCCACAUAAAUACUCACAUUCAUACAUUUGGGAAAAGGACCGCACUUUGGCGGUCAGUGCAUGCUGUGCACUCAAAUAGAGGAACUUAAAGGGGCUUCAGAUGGUUCCUUGAGGGAUGCCAUAAAAGAACCCUUUUGAUUUUAGAAAAGAACCAUGUGUUCACAGCUUUAUACUACUUUAUAUUGGUACAGAAGCUUUAUAUCAAAUGAUUCUGGCCCGUUUAACACAUUUGCAUUUACAUUUACAGCAUUUAGCUGAUGCUCUUAACAAGAGUGACUUACGAGAGAGGACUCUUAUUGGUAUAUCACAGCAUAGUUACUCAGACCUGGAAUUAAACCCCAGUCUCCAUCAUGGAAGCUCACCACACCAAAACACCACAAAACAAUACGCAGCUCACUAUUUAAAAUAUAUACAAAUACACACAAUAACAACAACAAUCAGUUUAGACUAUUAAAUUGACUGAUUGAUUCACUGAAUGAAAGAUUGAUUGAUCUCAGAAUUUUGUAUAAUUUAUUUUUAUUUAAUUUUAAACUUUCACUCAAACUUGCACUACUAUUAAAUAUUAACUAGAUAUUAUAUUAGCGUAACUAGCUUUGCUAAUCGAGAACAACAAGAAAAAUGUUGUUCUAUUUGUCUGUUGCAAAAUAAAAAUCCUUUCAAUGCAUGAAAAAAAUUCAACAAAUGUAAUAUGAGAUUAUUACAUUUACAUUCUUAUGUAAAUUAUUUUUACAUAGAAAUCAAAGCUUAUAUUUAGGUAUAUCUUGUUUAUUGUUCUGGCAUAGUAUUAGUAUAAAGACAAAUGACUGAUAAAGUUAUCAGUGAAUUCUAUGGUUCAAUUCAUUGAUUGUUUCGGGUGUUAAUAUUGUUAAUAUUAAUACAGAUCUGAUUGAAAUAUUUCUUCUUUUUUUUUAUUGACAAAAUAGAAGUUGUGCCCAUCCUGGAUGAAUGAUUUAAAAAAAAAAAAGAGUCUUUUUGAAACCAAAGAUCCUUGGUUCAAUUCAAUGAAAAUGAAAUGUAUGAUCAUAUUUUGUGUGUGGGCCGUGGGGAUUGGUUUUGGGUGGUGGUUUAAGUGCGCUGCAAGUUCCAAAGGUUAAGAACUUUUUGCAAGGAAUCUUUCAUAAGAUUUAUAAGCAUUUUAAAAGCACGUUUAUAUCUAAGAGUGUGAUGAUAGAUGAUAAUGAUACAUUUUGCUAACCCAAUACUGCCUAAAUUAGCCUACUGCAUCCUGUUUUCUGCCUUUUAAGUUACUGUUGCCUUUGUUAUUUUGAUUUUAGGCCCAUUAAUGAUUAAAUGAUAAAGGAAUGGUGUUUGUAUGCCUAACCUUGAUAGAAAGCUAGACUUUAGGCCCAUUUUAGGCAGGAGAUAAAGGAGAUACUUCAGCUUCAUCAGUGUUUUUUAACAUGAUCUCUGUUUGUUGUAUCUGUACCAUUUUGCGAGUUCCUAAAUACAUGUACAAUAUAAGGCAGUGACCAAUCACUUCGGAUUAGGCUGUAGAAGGCAUUAGUAUUUCUUUUAUAUUUCAAUAUUCCUUGGGCUUAAACUACAAUUUCCACAGCAAGACUGAAACAUGCUAAUGCUAGUGUGAGGUAACAUGUUCCUAGGUGAGCGUGAAGUUAUGGUACUAGGUUCUCCUAUAAAUAGUAUAUAGUGGGUGGAGGUUUAAUGUCGGCAGAAAUUAAUUCUUGAGAUAAAGUAUCUGUAAUGUUAAUGAAUGUGUAGGUAUUUUUUAAAAGAGUUAUGAUUAUGUAUAUAAAACAAAUGUAUGUAUAUUGUUCCAAGAUAUUGUUAUUAUUAUUGGGAUGCUGAGGAUGUUCCUUUUUUUUACUGUUAUUAUACUUCACAAUUCAAUAAAAUGCAUCUUUAUCUCAGAAA